AUGGCAACAGUUGUGAGUGGCUAUGCCUCUACUUUAGACUAUGAAGAAAAAGUAAAAGAGAUCUGCUACGCCUGCUUAGAAAAGACACUGUCAAGAAUCCCCAAGGAGGAUGAGAUUAUUUUCCUAGGAGACUUCAAUGCCAGGGAGCACUUCCAGGAACUCCUCAGCUGCAACAGCAAAGCUGAACCAGACAUUUCCAGCCACAUUCCCCAGAGUCCCAUCAGAGAAGACAUUGGGGAACCUCCUGCAAUGAUAGAGGUUCAAGAUGCCAUCGGGAUCCUUAAGAACAACAAGGCCACCGGUCCAGAUGGGAGGCCAGCUGAGAUUUUAAAGGAAGGUGGACCAGAGCUCCUGUACCACGUCCAUGCCCUCCUCAAGCAGCACCAGUCACAGUGUGUGUCCAUGGCCUUCAUCCUGCCGGAGGCUGAGAGCUGGACGCUGCCCACUGGCCAGGACAUCAGUCUCCUGUCUCUGCUGCUGUGUGCCAUCUGUCUCCUUGUCCUUCCGUCCUUCUCCGCCGUCAGCCAGGAGUCAGAUGAUUCAAAGCUUCUCCAGGUUUCCAUUCCCUCCACCCCACCCGUGUUUGCCAUCUUGGGGGGCACUCUCACUUUACCCUGCCUUGUGUCCCUAUCCCACCCGCCCCCUUCGCCCUCCACCAACGGCCGGCACAUCGUCCUCUCUCUGCCACGAGUCAAAUGGAGUGUCCUGUCCCAGGGCCAUGACACCGAGAUCCUGGUCGCCCGCGGUGACAGGGUGAAGGUCAGCGAGGCCUACAAAGAGAGAGCCUCCCUGCUGAACUACGCCUCCUCUCCGGCUGACCUCACCCUCCGGCUGGACGGCUUGAGACACAACGACACUGGCUUCUACCGCUGUGAAGUGCAGCAGGGCCUGGAGGACGCAGACGACGUGGUGCAGGUCAAGGUCAAAGGGGUGGUGUUCCACUAUCGUGAUGCUUCCAGUCGGUAUGCCUUCACCUUUGAGCGGGCCAGAGAAGCCUGCAAGGAGAUUGGGGCAAAAAUGGCCUCUCCAGAGCAGCUCCUGGCAGCCUACCACAGUGGAUACGAGCAGUGUGAUGCUGGAUGGCUCUCAGACAGCACUGUGAGAUAUCCCAUCCAGAUGCCAAGGGAAGGCUGUUUUGGGGACAUGGAUGGACUUCCAGGAGUGAGGAAUUAUGGGCAUUUAGAGCCUGAUGAGCUGUACGAUGUGUACUGCUAUGUGGAGAACAUUGAUGGCGAGGUGUUCCAUGGCUCCUCCCCUGAGCGUUUCACCCUAUGGGAAGCCAAGGCUUAUUGUCUGAAUAAGUGGGCGGAGCUAGCUACCACAGGUCAGCUGUACGCCGCCUGGAAUGACGGGCUGAACCACUGCAGUCCCGGGUGGCUGGCUGAUGGGAGCGUGCGGUACCCAAUUGUGACCCCCAGGGAGCGCUGCGGCGGGGGCGAGCCCGGUGUCAGAACCGUCUACCGCCACAGCAACCAGACGGGCUUCCCUGAAGCUCACACGCGUCAUGACGUGUACUGCUUCAGAAGCAACAGCAGCCCUCAUACAGAAUCCCCUCAGGUCAUCUUCGCCACAGACCCUGAGAACAUUGGGCAGGACAUGGUUCCUCUGACUAAUUCCCCGCAGGAGGUUGGUCUUAGCCAGGUGACUGUGCAGGGGGGCAGAGGGGAACAAGAUACCCACACAAUUGCCCCUCCUGUCCCAGAGACACAUGGGAUAGAAAAAGGCUUUGCGGGGGCACAGAGCCCAACGGUGGGCUACAACAAAGAGAUACCAUUAACUACGGACCCUCCUCCCUCAAUCGCAGCCCCCUUUCAACAUGUAGAGAACACAACUGCCAAGGACACCGGGGCAACGGUACAGGGUACCAGCUAUCAUCCCCUCCUUGAUGAAGAGCGAGGCUUGGUCCUCCAUGUUUCAGCUCAUGAGGAGUCUCAUAAAAGUCCAACAUCUUCUCCAGAGACGUUCCAAGCUACAACUCUCAGCGGAGAAUCUUCUUUGCUUACAACAGCUCCUGAUAACAUGGUGGGAAGGGUUUCAGAGAGCGGCACACCUUUAGCACCUCAUGGUAUUCCUGAGAGCAUCCAGGGGUCUGAAAAACUGAAUGCAUCUGGUGGCAAUAAAACAUACAAUGCAACUGAGAUGUAUGACAGCGAUACAGAUGUGCAUGUGGAAAGCAGCAUUUCGAAAGAGGACCACACCUCAGACCUACACUUGAAGCAUAAGGCCGAAACUGAAGCGGUGUAUCCAAAUGCCUCUGAGAGAUUCACAGGUAGGCUGGAGGAUGUCAGUGGUGCUGGUGUUGAAGAGACGUCCACGGUUGUUUCUCUGUCUCACAACCAGGAGCCCAACCUCCUCUCCAACGCCCAAACCUCAGACUUGGACAACACCACACUGAUGUACCCCACAACAGAGGACAUUUCUGAAAAGGAGGGUGCAAAUAUGCCUCCAGAUGAGACCAACUUCUUGCCACCAUCAUCUUCUAUCCAGAUGGGGGAGAGCGACGGCUCUGCUGAAGAAAUAGCUGAUCUGGUCACCCCAAACCCAGGGGCUAUGGACCCUUACACAGUUUCCACAAUGAUCCCUGCUUCUGAGUUUAGUUAUAAUUCUACUGAAGGUCAGUCCGGUGAGUUAAUGGAUGUCACAGCUGCCCCUGUUGGUCAUGAUGAGGAGAAAUCUGAAGGGGCUUCAGCAGAAAUGUCAGCUAAUGGUCUGGGAAGCUCCGCUGACCAGGAUGAAGACGUUGUUGACCCAAUGGGAAUCCUAACAGGAGAGACUGUCAUGGUCACCAGUGGCUCGGGCUCCAGACAAGAGGGAUCUGUUGGAGAGAAGGAACUGGUCACCUUAUUGCUGUCCACCAUCCCUGUAACCCUACCCCCCUUUACUUUGGAAGCAGAGGAAAAUGCCCAUAAAGAGUCCAUCACAGGGUCUGAACAUCUGGAAGAGGUCCUGCAUAAAGUGGAGCAGGAGGGAUUGGGGGAAAGUAUGGAGGUUUUGGUCAAUUCCAUACAGAAUACCACAGAGACAUCGUCAGGACAAGGGGAGGGUGAGUCUGAGGGGAGUGGACGGGAGGCGGGGGAGCCACAUUCUGGAAAGGAGGGCUCUGGUUCGGGCAAUGGAUCUGGUGAAUCCUCAGGCGAAAACUUCAACCAGGAAGUCCCAGAAGUCCCAGACACAACCCAAAGUCCCUCCAUGACCCACAUAACUGAGUCCAGCACUGGAGCGCCCUCUACAGGCAUAGAGAUCACAGUGCUCCCCAGUUUGAUCCUUACCUCCAAAUGGGAGACGGACACCCCCCCCACCGAGCUGCUGAAAUCUCGCGCCAAUCUGGAAUACAGUGGGGAACCACCUGCUCCUGAAGAACCUGAUGAGUUUGCCAACAAACAGGAGGUCACAUCAGAGGACCCCACCUCACCCCCACCUACAGAGGAACCAGAUGAGACAACGGUGCUAAUCCCAAACAUGGACAACUAUAAUGAGAUGAAUGUGACUGCUGCCACCCUAAACGCAAAGGAUUUUGAAGAGAGAGAGCUAAACAGUGCUAAUGCUACGACACCCAUGAGCACAUCACAUGUUCCAAGGACCAAAGAUCUUUCAGAUUCCUGCCUGGAGAACCCUUGUUUGAAUGGCGCUACUUGCAUCGAUGGCGGCUCACCACGGUGCAUCUGCCUGCCAACUUAUGGAGGUGACUUGUGCCAAACAGACCUGGAGGCAUGUGAGCCUGGCUGGGAGAAGUUUCAGGGUUCCUGCUACCAUCACUUCAGCCGGCGGCAGGGCUGGGAGGUGGCUGAGCAGCACUGCCGUCGGUGUGGAGGUCAUCUGACAUCCGUCAUGACCCCCGAGGAGCAGAACUACAUCAAUGACAAGUUUAAGGAGUACCAGUGGAUUGGACUGAAUGACAGAACCAUUGAAGGAGAUUUCCGCUGGUCAGAUGGGAACCCACUGCUGUAUGAGAACUGGUACAAAGGCCAACCGGACAGUUACUUCCUGUCUGGGGAGGAUUGUGUGGUGAUGGUGUGGCAUGAUGGCGGACGCUGGAGCGAUGUACCGUGUAAUUAUCAUCUCUCCUAUACCUGCAAGAAGGGCAUCUCUUACUGUGGCGAGCCUCCGGAGGUUCCCAACACUAAAUUGUUUGGUAAGAAGAAGUUGCUUUAUGAGACCAGCUCCAUGGUUCGGUACUAUUGUGAGGAGGGUUUCCUGCAGAGAUUUGACCCGGUCAUCAGAUGCCUGCCCAGCGGGAAGUGGGAGGAGCCUACGAUCCUCUGCACACCAGCCCGUCCAGUGGAGGAGGAGCAGGUGACGACGCCUCCUUCUCAGCAUGAGGAGGUCAUGCAGGCCACAGACAAAACCACUGACAAAGCUGCCCCACAGUUCUGGGACAUUAAAUGGACUUUCUAA